AUGGCUCCAUCUGUUGGGAAUACCAAUACCCCGAAGAAAGAGGAUUCAAUUGUGAACGACUCCGAGAUAUCCAAUGAUGCCGACACGAUCAAUGACUAUACCAAUAGCGCAAACAACACCCAACCCUUUUGUGCUAGCAAGGAUGAGGUACCUUUACAACAUGUUCCAAACAAAUCUCCCUUGGAACCCAUCGCCAUCUGCGGCAUGGCCGUACGUCUUCCUGGAGGCAUAAACUCACCACAAGAAUUAUGGAAGUUCUUGAUUUCCAAAGGUGAUGCUCAUGGUCCGGUACCUAAAUCGAGGUACAAUGCCUCAGCAUACUAUUCUGAAACGCCCAAGCCAGGCAGCGUCAAAUCCGAAUAUGGAUACUUUCUUGAUGAAAGUAUUGACAUUGGUUCUAUCGAUACCUCAUUUUUCAGUAUGGGAAAGUCCGAAGCAGAGCGUGUAGAUCCCCAGCAACGACAAAUGCUGGAAGUCGCCCGGGAAUGUAUAGAAGAUGCUGGUGAGACCAAGUGGAAAAGACGGCCCAUUGGUUGUUUUAUGGGCAAUUUUGGCGAGGACUGGGUCGAAAUGUUUGCGAAAGAAAACCAGCAAUAUGGCCAGCACCGAGCCACCGGCUACGGAGACUUCAUGCUGGCGAACCGUGUUUCGUAUGAGAUGGAUUUGACAGGGCCAAGCAUUGUCGUUCGUACUGGCUGCUCGGCUGCACUUGUUGCACUCCACGAAGCAUGUCUGGCACUAUCUAGGGGUGAUUGCGAAGGAGCAAUUGUCGGUGGUGCCAACCUAAUUAUGGGCCCAGGAAUGACCGCUUCGAUGUCAGAACAAGGCGUUCUCUCACCCGAUGGCUCCUGCAAGACCUUUUCUGCCAACGCAAAUGGAUAUGCUAGAGGAGAAGCAAUCUCCGCUAUUUUCAUCAAACCCCUAGCCGAUGCUCUCCGCGAUGGAAAUCCAAUUCGAUCCAUUAUUCGAGCGACAUCAUCCAUCAGCGACGGGAGAGGGACUGGCAAUGGAAUAUCCGUUCCGAAUGAUAUUGCCCAGGAGGCUAUGAUCAGACGAACGUAUGAACUUGCGGGAAUCAGUGAUUAUUCCGAAACUGCGUUCGUUGAAUGUCACGGCACUGGAACCCCCGUAGGAGACCCAAUCGAAGCUAGAGCAGUCGGUCGUGUUUUCGGUCCCUCUGGUGGUGUUAUCAUCACGUCCGUCAAACCAAAUCUCGGUCAUUCUGAAGGAGCUUCGGGCCUCACGUCACUGAUUAAGUCAGUCCUGGCUUUGGAAAAUCGCGUCAUUCCACCAAACAUCAAGCUCAACGAGCCUAACCCAAAGAUCCCAUGGGAUACUUACGGAUUAUCUGUUCCAACGGAACCGUUGAGCUGGCCCAAAGAUCGAAAAGAGCGUGUUAGUGUGAACUCUUUUGGCAUCGGAGGUACCAAUGCCCAUGUCAUUCUUGAUUCCCCUCAUAGUUUUGGUAUCUGUCCUGUUCCCGAACCGUUCAACUUGUCACCCAAAUUGCUUGUCUACUCAGCCAACAAUGUUGAAUCACUGAACAGUAUGAUCUCUAACUACAAGAAUUACAUUCAAAAGAACCCCCGCAGAGUCGGUGACCUAGCCUUUACACUAAGCAACAAAAGAGUGCACCUACCAUAUCGAGCAUUCGCAGUGAAGAACCCACUUGGUAUGCUCACAACCUCGACGCCAUACAAGUCUGGAGAACCACCUGCAGUGGUCAUGGUUUUUACCGGCCAAGGAGCUCAAUGGCCACAGAUGGGCGGCGGAUUAUUUCAUAGUUCUUCUUUUCCGGCUUUCAAGAAGACCAUCAGGUCCCUCGACGCACAUCUGCGAACACUUGAGCAUGCUCCUGAAUGGACUAUUGAAGAAGAAUUGCUUAUGGCACCCGAUAUCAGCAGGCUCGGUUUGGCUGAGCUCUCUCAGCCUGUUUGCACAGCAGUUCAAAUUGCUUUGAUUGACACUUUUGCCUCUAUUGGAGUUGAGCCUACUGCUGUAGUCGGACACUCUAGUGGCGAGGUAGCCGCUGCAUAUGCCUGCGGCGCCCUCACGGCCACUGAAGCCAUCACCGUUGCGUUCUAUCGUGGCCAGGUCACUAAGCUACUGACGAAGUCUGGGGCUAUGGCGGCUAUUGGCAUGGGAUCUGAUGAAGUACAGCAAUAUUUGCAGACUGGAGUUAUUAUUGCCUGUGAAAAUUCACCGAAGAGUGUAACAUUGGCCGGCGACGCGCAUGAGGUUGAAAUCGUUGUGGCCAGAAUCAAGGAAGCUAACCCCGAGGUCCUGGCGAGAAGACUGCAAGUCGACAAGGCAUACCAUUCUCACCACAUGGCGGAGAUAGGUGACCAGUAUCAUGAUCUUCUUCAAAAACAAAUCUCUGCAAAGAAGCCGACAAAGUUAUUUUUCAGCAGUGUUGAGAAUGGGCUGCUCACUCAAAGUAGCGAUUUUGGUCCGAAGUACUGGCAAAAGAAUUUAGAAUCCCCGGUACUCUUUAAGUCUGCUAUAUUAUCAAUCAUACAGCAUGAGAACGCAAAGAAUAUGAUGUUCCUUGAGGUCGGUCCUCACUCAGCACUUGCGGGCCCCUUGCGUCAAAUCCAGGCCCAUCACUCUGACUCAUCUCCUUAUGCAUCUGCUUUGACCCGCAACCAGCAUGACAUCGAAUCAUUCCUCACAGCUAUAGGGCAUUUGUACUCUUUUAACGCCACUGUUGACUUAGGAAAAGUAUCUUCCCAGGGCUCAACUCUGUCAGACCUCCCAAGAUACCCUUGGGAUCACUCGAAAAGAUUUUGGUAUGAAUCAAGGUUGAGCAAGGAGUGGCGUAACCGUCAACACAAAUAUCACGAUCUUCUUGGUGUUAGGGUGACAGAAAGUCUCGAUUUUGACAUUCUUUACCGAAAUCUCUUUCACCUAGACAAUGCACCAUGGAUUCGAGACCACAAGGUUGGCGAAGAUAUUGUCUUUCCUUUCGCCGGAUAUGCGGCGAUGAUUGGUGAGGCCGUAAGACAGGCUACUGGGGUAGACCAAGCAUUCAAGCUGCGCAAUGUUAUCGUCAGCACUGCCCUUGUCUUAACCGAAGGACCGCCAGUCGAGAUCAUGACGACGCUGCGCCGCCAUCGCCUGACGGAUUAUCUCGACAGCGAUUGGUGGGAAUUUACCAUUGCAUCUUAUACUGGAAGUAUCUGGACCAAGCACUGCUCCGGCGAGGCUAGAUCAUACGCCGAAGACUGUGGAGAUGCACAGAAGAGUACUCCUCUCGUGCGUAAGGUUGAUACUCGCCGAUGCUACCAGUAUAUGGCUAGGUCUGGUCUCAUUUUUGGGCCAGAAUUUCAACGUCUUAGUGACAUCCGCGCCGAUACUGUGACUCAGGAUGCCACAUCCGAGCUAAUUGCGAAGGAAACCGAUGGAGACGAUUAUCAUCUACAUCCAACGGUCAUCGAUGCUUCAUUGCAGCUGCUGAGCGUUGCUGCAUCCAAAGGGUAUGCUACGCCAGCAACCAAAAUUAUGGUUCCUACCAACAUUGAAGAAAUGUGCAUCUAUCGCUGCCACAAGGAUGUUCAAGUUCAAGCCUCUGCGUCAUACACUCCUAACGGCUCAAUAAUCGGUAGCGGUCAGUGUGUUUCUGCUGAUGGGAAAGUUGUAUUGCGCAGCUCUGGGAUCAGACUCUCUGUUAUAGAUGAGCAAGAUCCUAGCAACUCUGAGAACUCCACUGCUCGGGCAGAAUGGGGUCCUCAUAUUGACUUUUUGGACGCCAACACAUUGAUUAAGCCGGUUUCCGAAGGUGGUGACAGUAUGGGCAGCGACGUUGUCCGUAGCAAUGAAAUUCGUGCUUUGACGGAGCUAUCACACCUAUGCAUGAUCCACACAAAGCGUGCGACUGUAGAUAUGGAGACGUCCAUCAAGCACAUGCACAAAUUUCGAUCAUGGAUACAUCGUCAUCUUCAAACGGCCGAUCUGCAAGUCCUCGAACGCCUUGAUGAUGCGGUGAUCGAGCGUCGCAUAAAACGUAUUGUGCACGAACUUUCGCAAACUGCGGCUGCUGAUUUCGCGAUUGCCAUUCAAAAAAUCAACAGUCACAUCGAAAGCAUAUUCGUUGGAAAAGUUGAAGCGCUGGAUCUUCUAGUAGCAGACAAUACGCUGACUGGGAUGUAUCCCUAUAUGGAACGCUGCGAUGAAUCGAAGUUGUACAAGCACCUCACACACAGCAAACCAAAUCUCCGAGUUCUCGAGAUUGGAGCCGGAACGGGUGGAUCUACAGCAAAACUUUUGAAGCUUUUGACCCUUGAUGACAGGGCCUUGUACUCUCGAUACACAUUCACCGAUAUCUCCUCCGGCUUUUUUGUUGCCGCCAAAGAGCGUUUUGGGCUGUAUCCAAACAUUGAAUAUACCACACUCGAUAUCAGCAAGGACCCCCUUGAGCAGGGGUUCAAUGACCGUAAAUACGACCUGAUUCUGGCCACCAAUGUCAUCCACGCCACUAAAUCCCUGAACCAAAGCUUGACUAAUAUUCGGCAAUUGCUCGAACCAAACGGCCGCCUUCUCCUCACCGAGCUAACGUCAACUUCCAAAUGGGUGAAUUACAUUUGGGGACCUUUGGCUGGUUGGUGGUAUGGAGAUGCCGAUGGAAGAUCAGAAGAACCAUAUAUCAGUAUCGAGCGCUGGGAAACGGAGCUUAAGGCUGCUGGUUUCUGCGCACCUGAUGCUGCAGUUCGUGAUUCGGCAGAGCCAUAUGAAAUGUGCUCCGUCAUUGUGGCUAGACCAUCGCUUGAAAUUGUGCCCCAGAAAGCCGUUACAAUUUUGACACUUUCGGAAUCAGAAGAUGCUAAAUGCUUGCUUCUCUGUUUGGAAGCCAGGGGAUACAGUGUGAACUGUAGCACUAUUGAAAAUAUGCCUCUGCCUUCUGGCCAAGACGUGAUUGCCCUUCUUGACGAAAAAGGUCCCUACUUUGAGGAUAUAAAUGAUUCUCGUUUCAAUAUUUUCAAAACUUUGGUAGCCAGCUUGAAUGAUUGCGGUAUUCUCUGGAUCACCAGGCUUUCUCAGAUGCAAUGUCAGGAUCCACGAUUUGGCCAAAUCCAGGGUAUUGCUAGGACUAUUCGCUCGGAAUUGCUUGUUGACUUUGCCACUUGCGAAGUCGAUGAUCUCAGCUCGUCAUCUGACAAGAUCGUCGAUGUAUUUCAGCGAUUUCAGAUUCGCCAGGAGAACGACACCUUCACAACGGAGUCCGAGUAUGCCAUUGUUGAAAACACCGUGCAUGUUGGGCGUAUCCACUCAUUCCCUAUGCAAGAGGAGCUUGUUGUGUCUGAUACAACUGAUAGCAUUACUCUGCGCUCGAGUAAGCCAGGCCGUCUGAACGCGUUAUAUUGGACCCACCGGGAAAUGGCAGCGCUCAUAGAUGACAACGUGGAGAUUGAAACGUAUGCGACUGGCUUGAACUUCAAGGUAGACGACACCAGCACCUAUGAGUUUCUGCAGUGUAAUAACAAGAAUUUACAGGAUGUUUUAUGUGCUAUGGGCAUUGUUGAAGCCGUGGAUGAUGGAUUUGGUCUUGAAGCGGCUGGUGUUAUUCGUCGCAUCGGCCCCAAUGUCCAGAAUUUGAAAAUCGGUGACCGUGUCAUGCUUAUUGGUCGCGGUGGGUUUGGAACACGCGUGGUGGUAUCUGAAAAUCAUUGCGAAAUAAUUCCAGAUGGAUUGAGCUUCGAAGACGCGGCUACCAUGCCGUGCGUGUUUGCGACGUCGAUCUACUCCAUCUUCACCGUUGGAAAUCUUAAAAGGGGACAGUCUAUUCUCAUUCAUAGUGCUUGUGGGGGAGUUGGUAUUGCCACUAUUCAGCUCGCUCGGAUGGCCGGUGCCGAGAUAUAUGUGACUGUCGGCAAUGAGGACAAGGUCAAGUAUCUAAUGAAUACUUUCGGGAUCCCGAGAAACAGAAUAUUCAAUUCUCGAAACACCUCGUUUGUGGAAGACAUCAUGCGGGAGACUAAGGGAGAAGGUGUCGAUCUUGCGCUAAAUUCUCUUUCGGGCGAGCUGCUUCAUGCUACAUGGAAGUGCAUUGCAGUAUUUGGCAAGAUGGUUGAGAUUGGCAAAAGAGAUUUGAUAGGCUCUGGGAAACUUGACAUGAGUGUUUUUGAGGCUAACCGUAGCUAUUGCUGCGUCGAUUUGGAUCAGAUUUGUGUCAGGAGACCAACUGUCGUCAAAGAGCUGCUGAUAAACAUUGUUGACUUAUUGAGGGAGCGACACAUCCACCCUAUUCGACCUAUCAAGGCUUUCAAAUCGGCUGAAUACCUUGAUGCCUUUCGGUACAUGCAACAGGGUGCACACCUAGGUAAAAUUGUUGUCUCAAUGCGGGACUUCCCAGCUCGCGUCAUUCUGGGUGAAUCUGUUCGGCAGCGCAGAAAAGAGACUCGCUUCGAUGAAUCAGGUGCUUAUCUGCUUGCUGGCGGUCUUGGAGGUCUUGGUCGCUCAAUCUCUACGUGGAUGGUAGAAAAUGGGGCUCGUCAUUUGAUCUACCUAUCACGAAGCGCAGGGACAACCGAAAACCAUGAAGACUUUUCCCAAGAGCUCGCCAGUACGGGUUGCCGUGUCGACUUUGUUCAAGGCAGUGUUUCCAACCUUGAAGACGUAACGCGGGCUGUUUCCCAGGCUCAAGGGCAGCUCAAGGGUAUCUUGCAAAUGUCCAUGGUGCUUUCGGAUCAGAGCUUUGGUCGCAUGACAAUCAAGGAAUGGAGUACUGCUGUUGAUCCUAAAGUCAAGGGAACUUGGAACCUCCAUACUGCUUCCCUGUCCGUACAUGCGGACCUUGACUUCUUCAUUCUUUUCAGUUCUAUCUCCGGUAUCAUUGGACAGCCUGGCCAAGCCAACUAUGCUGGUGCCAACAGUUUCCUAGAUGCAUUUGCAGAAUACCGCUUGGGCUUGGGCCUGCCGGCUAGCGCCAUUCAAAUCGGUGCCGUUGAUGGAGUUGGCUACCUUGCAGAGCACGAUUCGCUCAUGCAAAAGCUUAAAGGUGGUGGGUUAGAUGUUUCCGUCUCAGAGGGUGAGCUCCUUGAGGCCAUUGAGGCAGCCAUGACAUCGAGAUUCAUCAUGUUGCGGCCUGCCAUCAAAGGCAGCUUCAGUAUUGGACUUCGCAGCAGCAUUCCACUGAACAGUCCUGCGAAUCGUGCUCUGUGGAAGAAAGACAUUCGCAUGGCAUCCUUCCACAACAGUGGAGAUACUGAUACCGUAUCUGGUUCUGCUUCCAACGAUCACCUGAAAUGCUUCAUCGCAGCCGCAAAGUCCGACGCCUCCACACUGGACCAGCCUGCUUCCGUUCACCUUCUUGCCACGGAGAUUGGCAAAAGGAUCUUCAGGUUUUUGUUGAAGCCAGAAGAGGACCUUCAGAUAACCUGUAGUCUUUCUGAUCUAGGAAUGGAUUCUCUCGUGGCUAUCGAGGUUAGACAGUGGUGGAAAACAACAUUCGAAUUUGACAUCAGCGUUCUUGAAAUGAUGGGAAUGGGAACCCUUCAAGCUCUUGGGGCUCACGCUGCUCGCGGUAUGCUGAAAUCUUUCCACGGUGUGGAGAAUUGA